CAAGCUUCUUAACCAGUAUAUCAGAGAACACGAUGAAGAGCGUAUUGUUAGUUUUGGGAUUAAUUGCUGUACCAGCCGUUGUGGGGUAUUUGCAGCCUCUGAAGCCCCACGCCAAAUCCCAAGUGGUAUCGUUACCGCAGCACAUGAAAGUCGGGUUAGAUUUAUGUCCAACAUGUAUCCAAUUCACUGGAGAAGCCAUCAACGAACUUCUUAACAUUGUACUGAAUUUGGGUGUGGUUGGAUCCUGUGGUAAAGUGUGUUCACUCCUGGAACAAAAAACCGGAAGUGAAGCUCUGGGCUUAGUUUGUGACUUACUGUGUGACUAUGUCGGUAUUGAUGAAUUCGUCAAGUUCAUCCAAAAGGCCGAUUUGGACCCUUUCUAUUUCUGCGAAUUAGUCAAAGUUUGUCCAAUUUUUGAAAAUGGUGACGCUGAAAUUACCGAACUUUCUGUGACACCAGCCAGUGGACCUCAAGGACAAAAGACAAUUGCCUUCUCCUAUACCUCCAAGAACGGAACAGGAACUGGUGAAAUGAUUGUCGUCGUUGAAACUGUUGAUGGUUUACCCAUUGAAACUGGAUUCAUUCAUGAUCAACAACCAGCUGGAUCUUAUCCUUCCCAAUUUAAUCUGAAAGCCGAAGUGGAUCCAAACUGUGAUCCAACACAAGGUUUCUGUGAACAAUGGUUACCUGGAAAUUAUACUGUUAGAGUUGAUGUAUGUUAUGGUGAGUGUGGCAGUGCCCAUCCCCACAGUAAAAUCUACGACAGAAAACAGACCCAGUUUAUCAUCACACCUCAGUAAUCUUCUCGUAAUAAAAUAUAUUUCAUAGUUU